AUGGGAGAGUCUGGCCACACCUUCUAUGGAGUCAUUCAAUAUAUGCAAAGGUGCCGUCCGGCAUUGGUUGUCCUGGAGAAUGUUUGUUCUGCCCCCUGGGAGCAAAUCAAGACCAUCUUGCAAGAAAUCGACUACAAUGGCUAUCAUAUGAAAAUUGAUUCUAAAAACUAUUACCUUCCACAGACUCGGGAAAGAGGAUAUAUGAUUUGCAUUGAUCAGAGAAGGCUGGUGACAGAACCGGUGGAGGAGGCAAAGUCAAGGAAGUUAUCUGCUUUUGCACAGUUAAUGAAGAAAUUGGAGAGACCCGCAAGCUCUCCAGUAACCCAAUUUCUCUUGUCCCACGACGAUAUCCGCCUCCACGAUGCAGUUAACGAUAUUUCUGCCAACUCAAACAAAGAUCGUCAAGCAGUUGAUUGGACAAGGUACAAAGCGCGUCAUCUUGGGUAUAGAAUGAGAGAGGGUCUCGGAGAUAAGCGGCCUUUGACUAAGUGGCAGGAAAAUGGUACAUGUCAGAUGCCAGACUUCUAUUGGCAUGGGUGGAGCAGAACCCAGACGGAGCGAGUUUGGGAUACCCUUGAUGUCAACUUCCUAAGGACCGUUGCACGGGGAUAUGACAUUAACUCUAAAUCCCGCGUCAUUGACCUCUCUCAGGGACUCGAUAGAGAGUUGGACCAGAGGGCUUCCGGUGUUGCUGGGUGCCUAACACCUCGGGGGCAGCAUUUCAUUACUUCUAGAGGUGGCCCUCUUUUGGGAAUUGAAGCUCUCGCCUUGCAGGGAAUUCCUAUCGACAGACUUUUGAUUGGCAAUGACAGCCAACGUGAUUUGCAUGACUUGGCAGGAAAUGCAAUGACCUCAACCGUAGUGGGAGCUGCUAUCAUCACUGCAUUAACUCUCGGGUAUCAAGCCUUACCUCUUCCCACCGCUCCUUGUGACCUUGACGAUUCCGAGCUCAUUACCCAGCAACGUUCAAUUGCACCAAACUACACAAUGGUGCCACUAUUGGCGAACAUCGCAGACGAUAAUGGCAUCCCAACAGGGGAACUGUACCAGCUUAGCCUCAGAACCGCACGUCUCUGCUACUGUGACAGCCAUACAGGGACAAGAUCGGAUAUUAUUUUGACCUGUGUCGCUUGUGGCCAUACAGCAUGCUCGAAAUGUGGUAAAAAUCCUCCUCAUUGCUACAGGCCGGUAGAAACUGAUGAGUUGAAGUUGCGUCUGCCUCCAAUAGAAUUUGAGACACAGGUCAAAACUCGACUGCCCAUGUGCCUCCAAAUCAAUGGCUUGAGCGUCGAUAUGUUUCAGGACCUUCGAGAGCCAGAUAUGCCGCCAGAUGUUAAGCAUGCUUGGGAUACGUUCAUAGACACAAUUGAACAUUCUCUCAGCAAUGUUUUCAAAUUCCAGGGGGUAGUGAGACAAAGUAGCUGGACAAUCACUUAUGAAGGCACAAAUUCGUUUCUCAAGCUUACUUGCACUUCAAUCGGACUACAAUGGCUGCUCUAUGUUAUACCUAGUAAAUUAGAACCAAGCAACUCACCUCUUCGACAAAUGCUAAGCCGACCCAUUGCCAAAAUGACGCCAAGUGGCAAUAACUCAUUUGAUGGGACAUGGCUAAUUGGGUCACCGAUUAGCUCACAAUUUGACCUUCUCGUUGCAGGUGGUGGUGAGCUGGUCGAUUCUUUGCCAGCCCGAUCCGGCUUGCAACACCCAAGCUUUAGAAACUUGAAAACAUGGUCUAUUCUUCAUAUAGAUGCAAAGGCUGAAGACAUGAAGAACUUGGAGAUAGACAUCCGUGGCGCUUAUGAACUGCUGCCUGAUUGUGGUGCUGCAAGCGGAAGCUUGCGGAAGCGGCUAAAUUCCCCAGGCAGCCCUGUUUAUUUAUUCUUGGAUCCUACAGAAAUUGGACCUCAUCAGUUGGAUUCUUGGAUUUUCUCACUUGAACAUGAGCGGCUUGGUUUUGGACAAGCACGCAAUACAAUAGCUGAAGUUCGGCCAAAUUGGAACCCAUUGUACCUCAGCCAUGGUCAAGAUAUUGUUCCAUGUUGGUACCGAAAGUGGAGGGAAACUGCGAGCGUUGCGUUAAGUGUCUACCGAACGUCGCCGCCUCCACAAUUUUUCAUUCCAGGUCCUUCGGAAGUUCUUGCAUCAUGCAGCUACACCUGUGAUGGUUCUUAUUCCACUGUACUUCAAUGCUCAGUUCUAGCUGAUUCAUCGGAUUUAGAAAUUGUCCCUGGAAUGGUGAAGAAGGAGAAUUUACUGGAAUCUGCUUCCAUGCUCAAAAAAUUUGGAUGGGUAUUACAGAGGGCAAUUGGUAUUAAGCAAUUUGAGAACUGGGAAACACUCAAAAUACCCUUUCCUGGUUUUAAACUGGAGUGUUUAACGUGUGCUCCUGAAAAACCUCGGCUAGCUUGGGCCCUCGAUGAAAAGGAUCGUGUAUAUGCAUAUGAAAACCCAGAAGAUGCUGCCUCCUUCGAGAGAAGCAUAAAGAGCCGCCCAGCGCCGUUCUUGGGAUUUACAACUCUUGAUGAAAGCUCGAUCCUUCAUCUUCAGAUUUGCUUGAAUGUCCUAAGCCUUCUCCACAGGGCAGCUGGUAACCUGGGUGUUAAAGACAAUGUAACUUUGCAAUGGCGCCUGUGUAUAGACACAACAGGAUUCAUCCCCCGUCGGCUACUCAAGCUUUUGGAAAAGAAUAACAAACUGGAUGUACCUCACACUCAACCUCCAAAUUUUAAACGACACCAUUUACGGCAAGAACAACUACGUUCACUUCAAUGGAUGUGCAAUCAAGAGAGCGAUCGUGCUCCAAUGUUUGUGGAAGAGGAAGUGGUUGAGGCUCUUUUACCAAUCAUUAACUGGAGGGCGGAAGGCAAAGCUUCGAUAGAGAAGAUGGUCCUCGGGGGAAUUCUUGGAGACGAGGUUGGAUAUGGUAAAACGGCAAUAUCACUGGGGCUUAUUGACGUAAAAUACGAAGAAGAUAGUGCUACUGUUCCAGCGUCUGUCAGGGGUCGUAUUCCGAUCAAGGCCACUAUGAUUUUGGUUCCUGGCCAUCUCUUUGACCAAUGGAAGAGAGAAAUACAUAAAUUUUUGGGCAAUUCCUAUAAAAUUCUGGAAGUCAAGACAAACUCCUCGCAUGGUUCUACUACCAUCCGUGAUUUCGAGGAAGCCGAUAUCGUCUUGGUAUCUACAUCAGUUCUGAAAGGGACUGCAUACUAUGCUAUGAUGGAAUGUUUCGCUGCUGCUCCCGAGCUACCCAAAGGAGAGGGACGAAUAUUUGUUGAAUGGCUUCAUGAUGCCCUCAGUUCAUUAUCUGAACAGGUAGAUCGACUUCUUACUUCCGGAGCCCUCUCAGUCUUGAAAAAUAUCGAUGAUAGAAAAGAGGAGCUUCGGCAAGGGAACGGCCUAUCUAAGUACAAGCCUUCAAGGCGAUUGAAAGGGCAAAAAUUUCAAGAAUAUCUUAAGAAGAUGCGCCAAGCCGCAGUUUUUACUGACCUCCAUGAAUCAACAGUGAAGGAUACGGCAAAUGGGAAUAUCGGUUCUAUUUUUCCAGCUGUUGAACUUGGAAAACGACAGCGAGAAGCCUCCCCUGUUGGUCAAGUUACGGAGAUACAGCAGGAGUCCAAAAAACCAAAAAAAGCUACACAAACCCGCAAGGACGGGGGAAACAUUUCUGUUGAAAUAUUCCGUCUCUGCCAGUCUAGUACUGACUGGAGAAAUGUUCGUUCUCCGCUGCUACAUAUGUUUGAGUUUAACAGAGUCAUCAUCGAUGAAUUUACAUAUUCAAAAGACAGAAACUAUGCAGCUGCCCUAGCCAUCUCUUCGAGGAAGAAGUGGAUUCUGUCCGGAACUCCUCCUCUAAACAACUUUGCUGAUGUCAAGUCUUUUUCUCCCUUCCUUGGUAUCAACCUAGGUAUCGAUGAAGAUGACGGCCGGAAAGUCGAGAACGAGAGAUUGCGGACUAUUCAACGCGAGAGAACAGGUGUGGUAAUUCUAUCAAAGGCCUUCGGUUCUAGGUUGCUAAUAUGA